AUGGGAGCUCAAUAUCGACAAGAUGUGACCACAGACACGACUCAUGUUGUCUGCAAGUUCGACGGAACUCCCAAAAUUGCCCAAGCAAGGCAGCAAGGUUGCUUCAUCGUAAGAACAGACUGGAUACAGGCUUGUCAUCACGAACAAAAGCGGCUACCUGAGGACGACUUUCUUCUUCACAAACAAGAUCAGAAUCCGCCAGCAAGCAAGAGGCCUCGAACUGAUGUACAAUCACACGGAAAGAACGUCGACUCGUCGCAGAAGCUUCCAGCAAGUGUCGAACUGCCUGGUUCUUGGAUGCAAGCUGAAGUUGCCUUGCUAGGAAAAGAUCAAGUGGACGAGGAGACUUCAAAAAUGGUGGACGGUGACAUCAAGAGGUUUCGAGACUACCUCGCCUCUCAGGUGAAGGACAACCAAGACAAGGAGACGAUUGCCCGCAAAGGUCUGCUGGAGGCUUUCGUGUAUGCCAAGGAAUGUCAUGAGCAGCACGGAGACUUGAAAUCGUUUCAAGACGAAUGGAUCGGGCCGAUUCCACUGGCUCUUCAACGUCUUCUCGAGGUGAAGGACCUCAUGCAAGACCACGGGAGUCCCUAA